AUGAGGGUUUUGAGAGGUUUAUAUGUUUUGAAGUCCAAUAUUUGCUCACUGCCAUUUCUUUAUUAUUAUUAUUAUUAUUAUUAUUAUUUUUGGUUGGCUGUGCGCUGUGUUCUCCCCCUGCUGCUCUUAUGGGCGCAGCCUCUCUUCGCCCUUUUUCUCUCUUCUUCCUUCCUGUUCCCCUUCCAAGUGACAAGGCCUUUGCUAAUACUGCUAAUAAUACUACUACUGUUGCUAUUGCUGCUGCCGUUACCCACACCGAGUCACCAGAUGCAUCUCGUUCACGCCAUGCGCCCGCCACGCUACAGUGCACUGCCGCUGCGGCUGUGGCAUGUGAUGGUGUUGCUGAUGUACUGCGCCAGUGGAUGCAUUGCCGCCGCUCCCGCCACACAAUACCGCUGUGGAUUUGACGCGAUGAUGGGGAAGAGCGGCCCCCUGCCGACUGCGGUGGUGCGUGAGGUGCCACGCCGGGGACAGGGCGCGAUGCAGGCGUACACCGUCGCGGCAGACGAUGCGAACAACGGGUGGGAGUCGCUUCGCAUCAUGGUUUCCGUGAAGGAUUUGGAGGACGAGACGAAGUACUGCACCAAAGUGGGGGAGACGAAACCGGACUUUACCGGCCGUGAUGGGGAGUGCGCCGCGGAUGACAUUUUGACCGCGGAGAAGAAAAGGACCUUGUUGGAUGAAAUCAUCCCUGCGGCUGUCAAUCUGCACGCUGAACGUCUACUUGUUCAGCGCAUAAACGUCCUGUGGGGAAUGCCCGCAUUUGGCGAGAGAAGCCGCUGCCAGUACUUCACCGUACCUCCCAGUCACAGAAGGGUUGGUAUUUUGGGUGCGGACAUGGUUCUCUACGUGGCUGCUGGAACGGGUUCAGAAGUGUGGGCCGUUCCGUGUGCUGUUUGGGAAGACCUUCGCCCCGUGGCUGCUGCCAUGCAGUUCACGCCUAAUCUUGUUGGGUAUAGCAUGCACGCUUCUCGCGCAGCUGCGCAUUUCAUUGCCCAUGCCCUCGGGUUCAGCGUGCAAGAAAUGGCGAGGCGCAACAUGCUGCUGGCAGUCGACGGCGUGCGCGGCAGCCCCACCCCUGUGGCGAUGGUGAAAUCCACUGCUACGCUGGAGGAGGCGAAGAGGCACUACAGGUGUAGCAGUAUAAAGGGCAUGGAGCUGCAGAUGGGGCCCGAUGGUCUGCCGGAGAGUCACUGGUCGGUGCGCAACGCGAAGGACGAGAUAAUGUGCUCUCUUGGUGAACAUUUUGCCGGCCGCUACACAGAGCUGACGAUGAAAACGCUCGAGGGCCUCGGCUACUACAAGACUGUGCAGGGGAUGGGGGAACCGAUGGAUUGGGGCAAGAACGCCGGCUGCGAUUUUCUCAACAAGCAGUGCUCAGCGAAAAGUCCCGUCACUUACCCCGGUAUGUUCUGCAAUGAGGAAGACAAGUCAUUACGCUGUUCGUCUGAUCGCCAGACCAUUGGACCAUGUUUUGUAAGUGUCGGUGAUCGCUAUGCGGAGCCACCGGAAACUUGCCCAGUUUUUUUCCCCGCUUUGGUGGGUGGAACUCCAUUGGGGGCGGUUUGCGCCUUGGAAGGGAGCGGCGACCCGCCCGGAUCCCUCCUGGGGAUUGGGUCGUGGUGCCUCGAUGGGGACUCGCUCGAGGCAAAGACGGCUGUUGGUGGCAAAUGGCAAGCCAACGUCGUUGCGGUGUGUGCGCAGGUUUUAUGCCGUCGUAAUGAAGUGCUUCUGAAGUACCUUGGCAGCGAAAUUUUUGUGUCUUGUCCCGCGGGUCAAUCCAUCACACCCAAAUCGAGGUACUUCAGGGGAGGCGGCAAAAUAAAUUGUCCCAGGUACGAGGAAGUGUGCACCAUCGCCGCCAACGGCAGCAGUCGUGUUUUACUCCUCCCCAAAGACGGCAGUGAUGCCAGAGCGACAGCCGCUUUGGGGCGCUUCAUUUUGACCGUCCUUGCUGCCAUUGCCGCAGUGGUGGCGGUGCCUGUUUGA